CUUCUCAGGUCGGGAGGAUAGCCCACCAUCUGUUCCCCUGGACCCCCCUCCUCCUCCACUCCCCUCCUUCCACCCUCCACCCCUUAUGGAGCUCCUACCCUGUCGAGGUGUUUGUCUUGGGCAUGGUGUGGUCUGCCCUGUCUGCUCUGUGCAGGGGAAGAAAGCCUGUCAAGGAGGAGUUCUGUUUCCCAGUAGAAUGCUUAUCCCUGACGGUGGAAGAGGUGAUGCACAUCAGACAGGUGCUGGUCAAAGCAGACCUGGAGAAGUUCCAACAAUACAAGGACGUGUACAACGCUAUGAAGAAGGGAAAGCUUUGCUUCUGUUGCCGAUCCAAAAGGUUUUCCUUGUUCACCUGGUCCUACACCUGCCAGUUCUGCAAAAGGCCUGUGUGUUCACAGUGCUGUCAAAAAAUGAGGCUGCCCUCCAAGCCCUAUGCCAACCUGCCCAUCUAUUCCCUGGGCUCUACCACCACUCUACCCAGGGACCGGGUAGCAGCCCUGGGGAAAGCUGCCAGUAUAGCUGGUCCAGCAGCAGCAGUUUCAGCAGGAAAAGGAAAAGCAGCAGCCUCAGCAGCAGCAGCAGGACCAAGCAGAGAAGCAGCAGCCUCAGCAGCAGCAGCAGGACCAAGCAGAGAAGCAGCAGCCCCCAAGCCUGAGAAGCCCUCUACCAGCCACCAUCGCCUCAGCCUUCAGAAGACCAUGUCCAAGUUGACUAAGCACGGUAGUCUGGAGAAGUCCCAKUCCCGUGACGAGGUGGAGCUCCCAGCGGAGCUGACGSAGGACUGGAGCACCAUGGAAGUGUGYGUGGACUGCAAGAAGUUCAUCCACGACAUCAUCUCCUCCAGCAAGCACAGCCUCUCCCUGGCCACCAAGCGGGCGCGCUUAAAACGCAAAACCCAGUCCUUCUACAUGUCGUCCCCCAAAGGAGCUGAUUACCGACCCUCGGAAAGAACAAUCAACGAGGUCUAGACUCUCCCCUCGUCAUUGUCUACCUUCUCCACUGUCUUCUAGCURCUYCCAGRACUUAUGGCACAAUACAGAACUCUGACUGACUGGGUUUUGAUCUGGAUGACCGUGCUGCGAUCCGGCCUAUACCAGUAGACGUGUCUAGUUUAGUCUGUCUGUCGAUGCUGUCAGAGCGGGCUGUGGACCUUUACUUUUCCUUGGAGGAAUGUGGACUGUGUAGUCAGUGCUUGUUGCUAUGUCCUCUGAUCGUCACAUACAGUACCAGUACUUUCAGACAAAAGGAUACUAGUCCAUUUUUAUACAAUAUUUUGCUCAGUAAUGUAAAUGUUCCCAUAAUGUUCUGCCAUAGAGAGGUGGUUAUGGACACUAAAUGAUCAAAUGUAAAGUAUGAGGUAGUGUAAAUAUUCAAAGUGGUAUGGCCUCAAUCACCCCCUAUACUGGCACAAUUGGUGGAAUGUGGUAGGAGCUACUCGCCCACCGGAAAAUCAAUGAGCACAAGGCAAAAUAACGCUCCAUAUUUGAAUUCCUCAGGCUGUGGUAUUCUAUUGUAGGAGAGUAGGUGUGAUGCUAACAACACAAGUCACAUACUGAGAGCUGUGAACACCUUAAAGUGGAGACAAUAUGAGACAAAAGCAACAAACGAUUGGAUGAUGACUUGAAAGGAUAUGAAACUGUAGAUGUUUUUUUACAAGUUAUAAUUUUCUAUGGUAUGGUAUACAUGUGUACAUAUGGUUCGGCUUAGAGUCAGGUGGUUUGUGAUGAAAAGUUGUCUCCCCCUUUUUACUCUUCUUGACAUGUUCAGGUUAUUUUUAGCUGACGGUACAAUAAUGAGUUAUGCUCAUUGAUGUUCUCUGGGUUCUGAGCGGUCUUGAUGAAGCAUCAUUUUACCAUAAAGAAUAACAGGUAAACAAACAGCGUGUCACUUUGCUCAAAGUUGGAUCAUACCCAUGAAGGUAGCCCAAACCUCUCACCUGUCUCCGUAGGCGUAGGGUCUACAGGAAUGUCAUGUGUCAGCGUUAGUGCCAAAAGAUUCCCUUCUGUCUAAACCAUAAUAUAAAACCCAAAUAAGUAUUUUUUUCUGGUGUAAAUACUCAUUGACCUCGCUAUAGAUCGCCAUCGCAGCUCCCGAUUAGAGCAUGCUUCUCCAAAAGACGUCAGACUACUGAAUAUACUAACCAUAGAAAUAGAACGAAUAGAACGGGCGUCCCCAUUCAAGUCAAUGAUGGCAUAAUGGGUGGACUGGCAGCCAUUUUGAGUGUACCCAUGCCUAGGUCACAAAUAUAUAGGUUAAGACAACGUCGUCAUAAAUCUGGGAACAGUGCCGUUGCUAACUACCAUUGUUGUAUAUUAUUAUGGGAUAUUAGAAUCCUGUUGUCUUAACCUUUGUCAUCUUCAACCUAGACCCAUGCCAGGAAGUAAAAUCAGGAUGUGUACCCUUCAUACUGUGCUGUGAUGUUGUGUUGAGUCAACUCAACUGACAUUACAAAAAAAUGUAUUCCAUUGCUUGAGUCACAUCAGUUAGCUUCAUUUGAAUGAACAGUCUUCAUUACCAUGGCAAUCCAGCAUCAGUUGAUAGAACAUUCCAAAUAACCAUGGAAAUUAUCACAUCGCAAUACCAGUCAUGGUAUUGUACAUGGAGUGUACAGAUGAGUUUACCAGUCAAGUUUCCAGAGUUAGCACUUCCAAGCCUGUUCUAUUCAUUCUAUUUCAAUGAUACUAACGCUAUGACAUGAUGAAGGAACAGUAUUGACACAGUAUUUGUCACUGGUAGUUGAACACACGCGAUAUCAUUGAGCAGGUACAGUAAUUGUGCUAGAUAAUCAUAACAAAAGCAGACACAAACAGUAGAAAUCACUUUUUGUCAAUAUUUUGUAUAGCCUGUGCCCCCAAAAAUCAUCUAGUCUGUCCCAGUAACAAGCAUGCGCCCCCAGAAAUAUAUGCAUAUAUGAAAUGAUCUCAAAUUGUCUUUCUUUGCUUUACAAUAGUUAUGGUAUGAUUUAACAUGCUUAAAACCACCCUCUGUUUUAUUGUAUAGGCAGCAAAGWAUGGUAUUACACGCUACUCUCAUGUUCAACUCAAAGCCUCAAAAUAAUGCAUUCAUGAAUUUGUAUAUCAGUUGUGUGUGACUGUGGUGUGUCUUAACCAUACAGUUUGUCUCUAAACCAGAAGCAGAAGCAUAUUUCGGGAGCCAGGAAUCAGGAUGUAUGUAUAUUAAAAUGUCUAUUACAAAUGAAGUCUUGUUCCUUAUAUUUCUGCCUUAAAUACACUGCCUUCUUCUCUCAUCAUUAACAUAUUAUUGUUGUGACAUAUUGAAUCCACAGUGACUCAGCAUUCUGUAUGUAAAUAUUAUUUAUAGUAAUGUCCGUCCAUAGAGCAGGUCUGUGUUUCCUUGACAACUUACUUCACGACUAAAAUCAUUUAGACUUGGGGCUAUUAACUUAGUCUAGAUCCAAACWAAAUUGCUCUGUUUGGUAAAGUGAAACAGAACUAUUCAGUUGGGAUCCAGGCUUCUAUUAACUAGCUUAGAGAUUGUUUCUCACAAAACAAGUCAUUGCAGGACAAAAUAUGGACUAUAAUAAGUAGAGGUGUGGUACAUAAAAGAAAGCCCAAAAUGUGACAGCAACAUGCAUGUACUGCUGUGUAGCUUGUAUCUUUAAUCUGUUCAAACCUUCCAGAUGUAACUCCCUCCCAGAGAGUUGAAGAAAUGAUGACAAAGAAUAAUAAAAAUGUAAUGCAAUACCUUUA